AUGAUCCGGACCUUUGUCCAGUUUCUUACUCCUUUGAACCUUUCCUUCUUAGCUGUCACCGUAUUCAUCCUUCACUCGAUCAGAAACAAGUUCCGCCGGGGGCUGAGAACUCUUCCUGGACCAACACUGGCCGCAUACUCUGGGGUCUGGCGCUACCUAGACGUCCGAAGUGGACAAGCUCACAAGACGGCGAUCAACCUUCAUCGGAAACAUGGAUCCCUUGUUCGAAUUGGCCCGAACCAUGUUUCCAUCUCGGACCCUCGCGAGAUCAAGAAGAUCUAUGGUCUGAAGUCUGGCUACACCAAGGUUGAAGUCAACCUUUUCGGCACUCGAGACGAAGACUACCAUCGCGAGCUGAAGAAGCCAGUUGCCAACGCUUUCAGUCUCAGCACACUAUUGACGAACGAGCCAGCUGUCGACUCUUGCACCAACUUGCUGAUUGAGAAGCUGUCCCAGUAUGCCGACGCAUCGGCUCCUGUCGACUUUGGAGAGUGGCUUCAGUUUUAUACUUUUGACGUUGUCGGCGAGAUUACUUUUGCCAAGAAGUUGGGUUUCCUUGAGAAGGGUGGAGAUGUGGAUGGAAUGAUUCAAGCGAUUGAAGACUUGCUGGUCUAUGCUAGUUCGAUCGGCCAGGUUCCAGUUUGGCACAAUUUCCUAAUGGGCAACCCCCUCCUCCCUAUCCUCUUCCCUUCGAUGGAAGGAUGGAACAAAGUUCUCACCUUUACACUCAAGGCUGUGAACGCAGUCAUCGGCAAUGUCGAUGAAGAUUCCAAGUUGAAGAAGGAUGGAGAAUUUAACAUCGAAUCCCUCGACAAGCAAGGAGAUAUGCUCAGCAAGUGGUUCGCUGUCAAGCUCGCAAACCCAGAGAAGAUGUCGACGCGAGACAUUGUCGUUCACCUGAGCACCAACGUCUUUGCCGGAUCUGAUACGACAGCCAUUGCCCUCCGUGCAGUGUUUUACAACCUUCUCAAGAGUCCUGCGAAGAUGCAGAAGCUAGUCAAGGAGAUUGAUGAUGCUGCUGCUGCUGGGCUUCUCAGCUCGCCCAUCUCUUUCAAGGAUUCGACCAAGAAUCUGCCCUACAUGCAAGCCGUGCUCAAGGAAGGACUCAGAAUUCACCCAUCUGUCGGUCUUCUCUUGGAACGACACGUGCCAGCCGGUGGCGCCGUCAUCUGCGGCAAGCCGAUCCCCGAAGGAACCAUCGUCGGAAUAAACGCCUGGGUCACACAGCACGACCCUGAAGUCUUCCCUAACCCUGACCAGUUCGAACCUGAGAGAUGGCUUGACGCCUCUGAGGAGCAGCUGAAGAUGAUGGAACAGUCAUUUUUCGCGUUUGGUGGUGGAUCGCGCACGUGUAUCGGAAGGCACAUUGCCAUCAUGGAGAUGGCCAAGCUUAUUCCUGAGAUCUUGAGGAGGUUUGAGUUGUCGCUGCCGAGUCCGGAUCAUGAAUGGCAUACAAAGAAUAUUUGGUUUGUGCAACAGGAGGGGUUGAUUUGCAAUUUGAAGCGAAGACAGCAAGCUUGA